AUGAGCUGUUUGGAUGUUAUGUACCAAGUCUAUGGUCCUCCGCAGCCUUACUUCGCAACCGCCUACACCCCUUACCACCAGAAACUUGCCUAUUACUCCAAAAUGCAGGAAGCACAGGAGUGCAACGCCAGCCCCAGCAACAGCAGCGGCAGCGGCAGCUCCUUUUCCAGUCAAACUCCAGCCAGUAUCAAAGAGGAAGAAGGCAGCCCAGAGAAAGAGCGGCCACCUGAGGCAGAGUACAUCAACUCUCGCUGCGUCCUCUUCACCUAUUUCCAAGGGGACAUCAGCUCAGUGGUGGAUGAACACUUCAGCAGAGCCCUAAGUCAGCCUAGUAGCUAUUCCCCCAGCUGUACGAGCAAAGUUCCCAGAAGUUCUGGUCCCUGGAGGGACGGCUCCUUCCCGAUGAGCCAGCGCAGUUUCCCCGCCUCCUUCUGGAACAGCGCGUACCAGGCGCCAGUGCCCGCGCCGCUGGGCAGCCCCCUGGCCGCCGCGCACUCCGAGCUGCCCUUCGCCGCCGCCGACCCCUAUUCUCCGGCCGCGCUGCACAGCCACCUGCACCAGGGCGCCGCCGAGCCCUGGCACCACGCGCACCCGCACCACGCGCACCCGCACCCGCACCACCACUACGCGCUGGGCGGUGCCCUGGGCGCCCAAGCCGCCGCCUACCCGCGGCCAGCCGCGGUGCACGAGGUCUACGCGCCGCACUUCGACCCGCGCUACGGGCCUCUGCUGAUGCCCGCACCUUCCGGGCGCCCGGCCCGCCUCGCGCCCGCCUCGGCGCCCGCGCCCGGCAGCCCGCCCUGCGAGCUCCCAGCCAAGGGCGAGCCGACUGGCCCUGCGUGGGCCCCGCCCGGGGGACCCUUCGCGAACCCCGCGGGGGACAUGGCCCAGGGCUUGGGCCUCACCGUGGACUCAGCUCGUCGUUAUUCCCUCUGUGGUGCGUCCCUCCUGAGCUGA